AUGGUCAGCCAAAAAGGGAUAGAGGUCAACCCGGAUCAAGUCAAGGCAGUCAUAGAAACACCACCCCCCAGGAGCAAGAAGGAAUUACAGCGCCUCACAGGCAAGCUCGUCGCGCUAGGGUGUUUUAUAGCCCGCUUCACUGAUGAACUGCGACUCUUCUUCUUGGCAAUACGAAAAGCUAGAGCAAACGGAUGGACGGACAGCUGUCAAAACGCUUUUGAAAAAAUUAAACAUUGCCUUAUGCAACCGCCCAUCCUGAGCAGCCCCAUCCCUGAAGAAAAAUUGUACAUAUAUUUGGCUGUGUCCGAGUGGGCGAUCAGUGCUGUUCUAUUCCGCUGCCCCUCACCCAAGGAGCAGAAACCUAUCUACUACGUCAACAGAGCGUUGGCGGACGUAGAAACUAGGUAUUCAAAAAUGGAGCUAACGGCCUUAGCCAUUCGAAGUGCCGCCCAGAAGCUCCGCCCCUCUUUCCAAGCCCACCCGGUGGUCGUGCUAACUGAACAACCCCUUCGUAACAUUCUGUACAAACCAGACUUAACCGGAAAAAUGCUUCAAUGGGCCAUAGAAUUGAGCGAAUUUGGGAUCGAGUUCCAACCCAGAUUCCAAUGCCAGGAACCAAGUGAAAAAGAGUGGUGGACUUUGCGAGUCGAUGGAACCUCCCGAUCAUCAGGAUCCGGGAUAGGGCUCCUGUUGCAAUCCCCAACAGGAGAACAUUUGGAGCAAGCCAUUUGGCUGGGGUUCCCCGCCUCUAACAAUGAAGCGGAAUAUGAGGCCAUCCUAUCCGGAUUGGACCUCGCCCUGACUCUAUCCGUCUCCAAGCUCCGGAUCUAUAGUGAUUCCCAACUCGUGGUAAGACACGUCCAGAAGGAAUAUGAGGCUAAGGAUGCGCGCAUGGCGCGAUAUCUAACUAAAGUAAGGGACACCUUACAACGAUUCAUCGAGUGGACGAUCGAAAAAAUCAGACGAAUUGAAAAUGGGCGCGUCGACGCCUUGGCAGACAUAGCUGUGUCCCUCCCCAUCAAAGAAGCCAUAAUGUUGCUUAUACAUGUGCAAGCCAACCCUUCCGUAUUGGAAGCUUCCACUUGCAACACCAUUGAGGCAAAACAAGCAGACGACCAAGAAUGGACGAACGACAUUAUAGGGUACCUCCGGACAGGUCCCUACCUUCGGUGCCUAAACCAUUCAGAGGCGCUAUAUGUAUUAGCUGAAUUACACGAAGGGAUACGUGGAAAUCAUUCUGGAGGACGAUCUCUGGCGCAUAGGGCCCAUUCGCAAGGAUAUUACUGGCCCACGAUGAAGAAGGAUGCGGCAGCCUAUGUCAAAAAAUGCGACAAAUGUCAAAGGCAUGCCCCCAUACCACAUGUGCCAUCGGAGACAUUAAAACCAGUUUCAGGCCCCUGGCCCUUUGCGCAGUGGGGCAUGGACAUAGUAGGACCCCUCCUAGCCGCACCCGCCCAAAAGAAAUUCCUGCUCGUCGCCACGGAUUACUUCAAUAAAUGA